GGCUGCUGUGCGCGAACACUCGAUCAGACGCCUGAUUCUCGCUGCCUUAUGAGCCCGCGAGCCUCACCAGCCCUGCUAUAAGGUCGCCAGCCUCGUGCCUGCAGCAACUCGCGUCUCUGCUCGGGCGUUCAACCUCUGCUGCGUCUGGCCAUUUCCCCUCCUUUGUAUCCCCUCCCACAGAUCCUCGUCGCUCGCUCGCCGCUGCUCUUCCCACCUCGUCUCUGCUUCGUCUCUGCUCCGUCUCUCCUCAUCGACGCCUUGCUUGUUGGACUCCUUUGCAAAAGAAGUAGAGUAGAAAUAUCAAACGACUUUGCACCGCCCGCCAGAGCACCAUGGCGCCUCACAACGACGUCGAGGCCUUCCACCAAGCGCUUCGGUCCAGCCGCCGAAUGCUCGCCCUCUGUGGGGCCGGGCUGUCGGCCUCAUCCGGCCUGCCCACCUUCCGUGGCGCCGGUGGAUAUUGGCGCAACUACGAUUCCGCGAGCCUGGCCACCGUGCGGGCGUUCAGGACUGACCCGGGCAUGGUCUGGCUGUUCUACGCCUACCGCAGGCACCUGGGGCUCAAGGCGGAGCCAAACCCGGGACACAAAGCCCUGGCGGCGCUGGCAAGACGGAACUUGGACUUUAUGUGCCUGACCCAGAACGUCGAUAACCUCUCACAGCGAGCUGAACAUCCUUCUUCACAGCUAAAAUGUCUUCAUGGCUCCCUGUAUGACAUCAAGUGCUCGAACGAGAGCUGUGACUGGAUACAAAAGGGAAACUUUGACGAUCCUUUUUGCGCGGCGCUCGCCCCGGCCUCGGUGGACAUGCCCAACGGCGAGCCCUUGCCACUACUAGACCCGUAUCACCGUGUCAAGCACAUCACCGAGGACGAGCUGCCAAAGUGCCCGAAAUGCAAAAAAGGCCUGCAGCGCCCGGGCGUGGUGUGGUUUGGGGAGGAUCUGGACUCUGCCAUGAUGAUGGACAUAUCAGCGUGGAUGAACACUGAGCCUCUGGAUCUAAUGUUCGUAAUUGGCACGUCGGCACAAGUCUACCCGGCUGCUGGCUACAUCGACAAGGCACGAAAGCGAGGCGCGCGCAUAGUCACCAUCAACCCGGAGGCGGAAGACGAAGCCGAAAUGUUCAAGGUUAAACCUGGCGACUUUGCCUUUGGGAAAGACGCCGCGGAAUAUCUACCGAUUCUGCUGGAACCUGUUAUUGGCAAACCGAAUGAGCAUGGCGAGUUUGACAUGUCAUGAUUCAAAAUUACGAAUAGCGACGUCGUAGAAAGUAUUCUAUGCAGUCCAAGUCUUUUUCUUUCCAUCUACCGAGAACACGAUAAUAUCCAACUUGAGAUUAUAAAAAAGACGCUUGGGUUUAGAGCUAUAUAAGAUUUGGUGUGCUAUAAUCUCGCACAACAGACGAAUCCUGGAAUACGAUACGGCGCUUUUUAUUAGUUUCAUUUGGCCAUAAUGUACAUGAAUUAUGACGAUUAAAUGAUACGGUUUGACAUUAUGAGAUGAAUAAAUAGUAAUAGUGGAAGAAUUGCCCUACGCAAUGCACCCUAAAUAUUAUCACAUGCCAAUAGUCUCAAGGCAAUAGUAUCG